AUGGGAUCACAAACCCCUCCCCCCACAGCCAAUGCAUAUAAUUCAUCCCCCACCGAGCCCGAGCCUCCAGCCACCGAACUCUGGCGCCAUCCCAACCCCAGCUCAACCCGCAUGUACGCAUUCAAAGAAAUCAUAAAUCAGAAAUACGAGUUGCAGUUGGAGAGUUAUGAGGAUUUGUAUGGGUGGUCGGUGGAGAAUAUAGCGCGGUUUUGGGAGGAGACGUGGUGGUUUACGGGGGUUAGGGCUGAGAGGGGGUUUGAGAAGGUCGUUGACAAAAAUGCUCCCAUGUUCCCCCGACCCGACUUCUUCCAAGGCUCUCUCCUUAACUUUGCCGAAAAUCUCCUCUACCCCGCCAACCUCACCAUCGACCCCGACUCUCCAGCCAUCAUCGCCGCCACCGAAUCCACUCGCUCCACCGUCUCUUGGACCGAACUUCGAGAGCAUGUUCGCCAAUGUACCAAUGCCCUUCGAACACUCGGCGUCAAACCCCAUGACCGAGUUGCCGGUUUCGUAGGAAAUCACACAAAUACUGUUGUGGCCAUGCUGGCCGCUACAUCCAUAGGAGCCAUCUGGACGGGUGUUAGUCCCGAUACCGGGGUUGCGGCUGUAUUGGAUCGAUUGGUGCAGAUUGAGCCGGUGGUGCUUUUUGCUGAUAAUGGGGUUGAGUAUAAUGGGAGAUUUCAUGAGAGUUCAAGUAAAACACGUGAGAUUGUGAAGGAGUUAAAGGGGCUUAGACGAUUGAUUGUGUUUGAUACUGUGAAUUUACCUGUUGAGAUUGAGGGGUUUGAAAUUGAGAAUGGGAAAGCAGAGACUUAUGAUGGUUUUUUGAAAAGCGCCACCAAUCCAGAUGCCCCAUUAAAAUUCACACAACUCCCACCAAGUCACCCAAUCUACAUCCUCUACUCGUCGGGCACAACCGGCAAACCCAAAUGCAUCAUCCACUCCUCCCUCGGAACCCUGAUCCAACACAAAAAAGAACACAUCCUCCACUGCGAUAUACGUCCUACCGAUCGUCUCUUCUAUUUCACAACCUGCACAUGGAUGAUGUGGCAUUGGCUGGUCUCUGCUCUAGCUUCCGGAACCACCAUCAUCCUCUAUGAUGGAUCACCUUUCAAACCGCAUUCUCAUCUCUCCAUGCCUCUCCUCAUCCAAGAACUGGGCAUCACCCAUUUCGGCACGAGCGCGAAAUAUCUCAGUAUCCUCGAACAAAACAACAUUCUCCCCUUAAAACAAAACAUCAACCUAACCACCCUCCGCGCAAUCUACUCCACCGGUUCUCCCCUCGCCCCCUCAACUUUCAACUACAUAUACGCCUCUUUCCCCCCCACCAUAAACCUCGGUUCCAUCACCGGCGGCACAGACAUAAUCUCGCUCUUCGGAGCGCCCUCACCCCUCUCCCCCGUCCACACAGGCGAGAUCCAAGUCCGCGCCCUCGGCAUGUCAAUCACGGCCUAUUCACCCACCGGGCAUCCAGUCCCCGCCGGCGAACCCGGCGACCUCGUCUGCACCCGCCCAUUCCCCAGUCAACCCACAACUUUCUUCGGUCCUCCUCCCUCAGGCGACCAAAAAUACUUCGCAAGCUACUUUGAACACUUCCCAGGCAUAUGGCACCACGGCGAUUUCAUCAAAUUCUCCGCCAAAACAGGCGGUAUCUACAUGUUAGGACGCUCAGACGGCAUUCUCAAACCCGCCGGUGUGCGUUUCGGAUCCGCGGAAAUCUAUAACGUACUACUGAAACACUUCAGCGUCGAAAUAGAAGACGCGCUCUGCAUAGGACGACGUCGCGUAACAGACGAUGACGAAACAGUCGUUUUGUUCGUGAAGAUGGCAUCAGGUCAAUUGUUUAAGGAAGGACUAAAGGAGGAUAUUAAGAAAGUGGUGAGAAAAGAAUUGAGCGCGAGACAUGUACCUGGGAUUGUUGAUGAGUGUAUGGAGAUUCCAGUGACGACGAAUGGCAAGAAGGUGGAGGUGGCGGUUAAACAGAUUCUGUGUGGGGUGAAUGUUGGGAUUGGGGCGAGCGUGGCUAAUGCCGAGUGUUUGGAUUGGUAUCGGGAGUGGGCGUGGGCGGCGAGGGGGUAG